AUGAGUUGCUCAUCACCCACCAAUUUUGACGAUUUUGAAUCGUUAUUUUCUGAACAGAAUGAAGGACUAGAGAGCCUCUAUCAAAGUCCAACUGGCACGAGUAUGGCUUCAUCGAAUAGUAGUGGAACCGACCAUUCAUCAUCAACUCAACAACAAGAACCAAUCACGUAUGAUGUCCUCAGUGAUGGAUAUGCCUUUGGCUUGAAUGAAUUUGAUCUUUCCCCACAAUUGGCCCAAAAGCAAAAGACAGGAGAUUUGGCAGCUGCUAAUCCAUUCUUCACUCAAACCGCCAAUAACAACAACGGAACAGCCAAUGCCUUUAAUCCUCUCACUGGAUUUGUCUAUCCAACCAACGCUACCAACAACGCAACCAAGAAUGCCUUUGGUGCCACGACAGCUUUCAAUCCCCAAUUCCCAAUGAAUCAACUCGGAAUGUACUUCCCACAGGCAUUCCCAUUCCCUCAAUUUGGAGGUCAACCAUUCCCAAGCUGCUUCCCUAAUACAUUGGCCUUCUCUUCGCCCAAUACAUCACCAAUUAUGCCUGGAACAUUGAAUACAAGCCCAAUCAAUAAUACAACUACAUCGCCUAACAAUACAACCACAACUAGUAAUACAGAAAGUGGCAAGACAAAGACUGCCAGAAGAAAGACUAGUAACUCUAAGAAGAACACCAAGUCUUCGGCUAGUAAUAACAAUCAAACUUCACCUACUGACAGUGGUAAUGAUACAUUAAAAGCAACGUCUCCAUCUGAUUCAGUUGCCCAAACAGCAACAACCAAUUCUGCUACAACACCAGAAUCUGUCGAUUCGGGCGUUUCGAGCCACUCUGACAAUGACUCUGCUUCAUCCUCUGGAAAGAAAUCAUCUGACAAUGAAAAGAAGAGAAAGAGAAAAACAAAGGGAGGCACGAGUCCUAAACCCGAAAAAACUUUAACACCAGAAGAGGAGAAGGAAAUGAAGAGACAACGUCGUCUCAUUAAAAACCGUGAAUCUGCUCAAGCAUCAAGAGAGCGUAAAAAGGUUUACAUCCAAGGAUUGGAAAAGAAAGUUGAUGGAUUGGCUCAAGAAAAUUCUGAUUUACAAAAUCACUGUUCUGUUCUUGAGCAAGAGAAUGAAAUUCUCAGACAACGAUUGAAAAUGCUGGGCGAAGUUGUCGAAGAACCAACCACCAAGAAGAGAAAGAUGACUCCUUUCGCGAUGAAGGUGCCAAUUCCUUCAAAUCCAUUCAUGCUUGAUUUCUGGAGCUUAUUUGGAAUGGGGCAAUGCAACAACAACAACAAGUUCAAACUAAUCCAGCAAUGGAUAUGA